CUUGUAAUCUGCGCAGCUUGUCUUUAGUUUAGCUACAAAUCAUGAUUUCACCUAUGCUGGUCCUGCUCAUGCUGUGUCUAUGGGACAGACUUCAUGAAACCUCUGGACAGCUAUGUGUUGAUCAGCCUGCAAGGACUGAAGUGAUAGAAGGGAUGUCGGUCACCAUCCCGUGCCAAUUUUCAUUUCCAAGAAAUAAGAACAUCAUUGAGUCUCCAACUUUCAUUGUGAAAGCAUAUGAUCACGAUUAUUGUGGAGGGGAUAAUAGGAUCAUUUAUGACUCCAGUAUAGGAUUCUUCUCCCCCAACUAUCGGGGAAGGCUAAAUGUGACAUACGAUCUAAGACACAAAAAGGCCUCAAUAACCAUAAACAAUGUAAUGAAGGAGGACGCUACACAAUAUUGCUGCGGCUGUCGCUUAGAACUGGGUUUUCCCAAUGGGGGCAACAGGAAAUGGGCAAGCCUUGGUGGUACGAGGCUUACAGUGAAAGAUAGGAAUGAACCCGGUCUGGAGACAAUACCUCUGAUCUUUGCUGCUCCUGGAGAAAAUGUGACACUUCUGGGUCACUUCACAAAUAAUAAUGUAAAAUCUGCAAGUGACGUCACCUGUCAUGUAUGGAGGACCGCAGACAGAGGUACUGGAUGUGGCCGCGGCACAAAUAUCGGAGAAUGCACCUAUAAGAAUAAUGCUUUAUAUUUCCAAAUCAAUCAAGUUACCAGUGAGGAUAAUGCCUUUUAUUGCUAUGAAAUGAAAAUGUCUACUAAUAAUGAAGAGGAAAACACGUAUUACUAUCUUGGACCACAACUUCUUAUUAUAGGUAAAACAAGCACCUUAAACAUCAUUCAGCCAAAGGAAGUGAAAUUCCAUCAACCUGUUACAAUAAACUGCAGCUUCGCUCUACAACAGACCAAUGAUAUCUUAGGAACAGAAGUCUAUUGGAUUUUUGGGGAUGCUAGAGAGAGCUACGUCUACCAUCCAAACCCGGACUACAUACACCCGGAUUACAAGGGCAAAUCCAGGUUAGUCGAUGGGUCCAACCUUCACCUGGAAGACCUCCAUGGGCCAGUUAACACCACCUUCUACUGCCGAGUGAUCUUUAGAAAAUGCUUUGGGGUACCAGAAAGUCCAAGCAGCAUAGAUACAAUCUUAGAAGAUGGUCCUGGAACACGAUUAAUAGUUAAAGGGAAUACAUUGCACCUUACAGAGAAUACAUUGUGCCUCUGUGUUACAUUAUUAGCAGCUUUUGUCGGGCUCAAAACCUUCCUAAUUCUUUUAUUUUCAGCACUGGCUGCCAUCUAUGUGUACAAAAACUGAUGAAAUCAACAGAGUGACCUUUAAGUGCAAGAAAGUAUAUCUCAUCUAUCUAGCCAAAAGCUUUUGACCAUAUAACCAUCGCCCUAUGCUUGUUGGACGUUCUAUUCCAAGACCAUGGCUAUUACAGGGUUGGCUGCCACUAUGUAACCAUAACAGUUUUCACUCUUCUGGAAAGACUUUUCACAAGAUCUUGAAGUGUUUUGUGGAUUUUUUCCCAUUUAGCCAAAAGAGUAUUGUGAGCUCAUGUAAUAAUGAUGUUGGACAAGAAGACCUGGCUUACGUGUUCCAAUUCACCCUGAAGGUGUUCAGUAGUGAUGGGCCGAUUAAUGCUUAAAGUGUAAUAAUAACAAUGAAAUAUUCCCUUAAAUAUCAUGCCUGGGGGGGCGCUUAGUCUGCC